UUCGCCACCGUUGGUUGCUAAAAGAAGCCACGCUGAAUCCAAGCCACGCUGUUCUGCUCCAGUCAUUACUUCCCCCAGCAAACAAGUCAAAGACGUUAAUUCAAGAAAAGGUUUCUAACUUUUCAGAAACAGUACAACUGUAUGCAGUGGUCCCAGCAGUGUAAGAACAAUGUCAUCUCUACUUUCUCAAAACAAAGAUGAGCCGUUCAUCAGAAAAUCACUGUCUGACUCUUGUCCAGCUUCAUCUGCUGCCAACACCAGAAGCCUGAGGCAUGAAAGGCCGUCUAGAUUGGGCUCAUCUAGCUCAUCUGACGUCUCCAAUGACACAUCAACAAACCAUGCAGAGUCCUACUUUUUACAAAGGGAGAGCAGACUGUCUGCAAAGAAGAAGGCAGAAGAAGAGAAGAUGAACAGUGACUAUAAAAAGAUGUAUGAAAAGGCACUGGCAACAAAUCAAAGGCUUAAGUCCCGACUAGAGACCAGCAAACAAGACCUGGCUACAGUUCAGAACCAGCUGCAGACUGUGCAGAAGGGAAAACCAGAUGAUUGUACUUCAAAAAUGCUAGAAGCAGAGAAAAAGGAAAGUUGGAGCCUUAAAAAGAGGAUAUCAGAUAUGGAAGAACAAUUAAAGUUGGUUCGGAUCAAGGCCAGUCUUUAUUCACACCAGAAGCAAACCGUAUCAGAAUUUGGUUGGAAGCGCACAGAGACCACCUCAAAAAGUGAGUCUUGGGUUGUUUGCUCCUCACCAGGGUUCGCUUGAGUGUAUUCACACCUGCAUGAAAGGUCCGGACCAAUAGAGGAAACAAACUUUGGUCCAUUUAAAGAAGCUCAAAUAUGUUAUGUGUGAAGACCCCUGUACAAAGGUAUCUUUAUAUAACCCUCAUCAUAGCUUCUGCAAAUAUUCAUCCAUCUAGUAGACCCACUUAACCUAUCAGGGUCAUGGAGAGAGCCGGUUCCAGUCUUCAGCAGUCAUUAGAGAAGACACUCUGGAAAUGUAACCAGUCUUCCGAUUAGCUUAAAUCUGAACUUUAUGCUUGUUUAUGCUUUUCUGUGCUUUUU